UAGGAAGCAUUAUGUUUUUCCUCACCCUACCCCUUUUUAAUAUAAAAUCAAAAAUAAAGAUCAAAACUUUCUCUCCAUCUUCCCAUCUCUCGUUCUCUUCUACCCGCUCGUUUCCACUUUCGCGCAUCCAUAAAUCCAAUUCAAAGAAAAGGGUUCUACUUCUUUUUGGGAGGGAAACUAAAACCCCAAUUUUUCUAAACGUAAAAAAAGAAAAGAAAAAAAAGGGUAAACAAAGAAGAAGGUAACAAUGUCAGGUAAGGGAGCAAAGGGUUUGAUUACAGGAAAAUCUUCGGGAAUGAAUAAAGACAAAGACAAAAAAGCCCCUGUUUCUCGCUCUUCUCGUGCUGGUCUUCAGUUUCCUGUGGGUCGUGUUCACCGUCUGCUGAAGACUAGGGUUUCUGCAAACGGGAGGGUCGGUGCAACAGCUGCUGUUUACACGGCAGCCAUACUCGAGUACCUUACUGCAGAAGUACUGGAGCUUGCAGGAAAUGCAAGUAAGGAUCUGAAGGUGAAGCGUAUUACUCCUAGGCAUCUGCAGUUGGCUAUCCGCGGAGAUGAGGAACUUGAUACACUGAUCAAAGGAACCAUUGCUGGUGGUGGAGUUAUUCCUCACAUUCACAAAUCUCUGAUUAACAAGUCAUCUAAGGAUUAACUUAAGUGAUCAUCUGGUGCUAGAUUACUGCAUUUUCAUGCAGACCCUUGGAACGAAUGUGAUGCGGAUUGCGGAGGGCGAAAAAUGAAAUGCUGACAAAGACCCUUGAACAGUUGUCCCGCUUCUGCUUGAUUUAGCCUCAGGAUGGUGAUUAUGUUACUGAUUAUUGCGUUGUUUUAGGUGUACUUUUAGUCUCUGAGAUUACAUUUUGUGCAUUAUCUAUUUGGUUGUCAGAGAUAUCUAUUCCUAGUUACGUUGUUCA